AUGAAAUACUUUCUGCUCUUCUUACUGGCUUUCCCUCUUGUAUUCACCUACCCGGUUGAGUAUGUGAUUAAGAAGAAGGAUUUCCACCUCAAUAUCUGUCGUGCAUUCGUCCGUCAAUGGGAUAACCAAACAAUGUUGACAACUGAUUGCUUUGAAUACGAUACGAAGCUGUAUACUUUGAACUCAGUAGGAGAUUGCAUGUCUGAUAUUCACCAAGGACCUGGCCACUUACCUCGUGAUAGAACUAUUCCUAUGAACAGAUGUAGUUCAAACUCAGCGCUUACUAACUAUGCCAAUGCUAGAUGGAAAACCAUCAUUACGGCUGCCGGAUAA